UUCUGUGGGGCGAUUUUUCUAUAUUACUCAAAUGUGUAUAUACUAUACAUAGACGUGUUUUUUCUUUUUCCCUUUUAAUUUUUUUCCCCCUCCAAGGAAAUCUGCUCCGUCCCCAGCAGGCGCUGCUUGCCCCUUUGAUGUUUUGGUACGCUGUGCGCAUGCGCCUCACAUUAGCAUCACUGCACUGGGCAGAGUAAGUUGGAUCUCCUCACUUCAGUGCCACCCUCAAGCCCAUCAAACACUGAAGAGAUGCGGAGAGUCCGGAAAAAGGGUUACUUUGGGAUUUGGCCCUUCCCCUUAAUAAUCGCCGCUGUGUGUGCUCAGAGUGUCGAUGACCCUAGUAAUAUGUCGCUGGUUAAAGAGACGGUGGAUAAACUCCUGAAAGGCUAUGACAUUCGUCUGCGGCCAGAUUUUGGAGGUCCGCCCGUGGCGGUGGGUAUGAACAUUGACAUCGCCAGCAUCGAUAUGGUUUCCGAAGUCAAUAUGGAUUACACCCUGACAAUGUACUUUCAGCAAGCCUGGAGAGAUAAGAGGCUGUCCUACAAUGUAAUACCUUUAAACUUGACUCUGGACAAUAGAGUGGCAGACCAGCUCUGGGUGCCUGAUACCUACUUCCUGAACGAUAAGAAGUCAUUUGUGCAUGGAGUGACUGUCAAGAACCGAAUGAUCCGCCUGCAUCCAGAUGGGACUGUCCUUUAUGGCCUCAGGAUCACAACUACAGCUGCCUGCAUGAUGGACCUAAGACGGUACCCACUGGAUGAACAAAACUGCACCUUGGAAAUUGAAAGCUAUGGAUACACAACUGAUGACAUUGAGUUUUACUGGCGUGGGGAUGAUAAUGCAGUAACCGGAGUGACAAAGAUUGAACUUCCACAGUUCUCUAUCGUAGAUUACAAACUCAUCACCAAGAAGGUUGUUUUUUCCACAGGUUCCUAUCCCAGGUUGUCUCUCAGCUUUAAGCUUAGGAGAAACAUCGGUUACUUUAUCCUGCAGACAUACAUGCCUUCCAUCCUGAUCACCAUCCUCUCCUGGGUCUCCUUCUGGAUUAGUUAUGAUGCUUCAGCUGCAAGAGUGGCAUUAGGAAUCACAACUGUCUUGACAAUGACCACGAUCAACACCCAUCUCCGAGAAACUCUCCCUAAAAUCCCCUAUGUGAAGGCCAUUGACAUGUACCUAAUGGGGUGCUUUGUCUUUGUUUUCUUGGCCCUUCUGGAAUAUGCUCUUGUUAACUACAUCUUCUUUGGAAGGGGACCACAAUGCCAAAAGAAAGCAGCUGAGAAGGCUGCUAGCGUCAGCAGUGAGAAGAUGCGCCUGGAUGUCAGCAAGAUUUUUUAUAAAGAUAUUAAACAAAGUGGGACCCAAUAUCGACCCUUAUGGGACCCUACUGGAAACCUCUCCCCAACUAGACGGACUACCAAUUACGAUUUCUCUCUCUAUACGAUGGACCCCCAUGAGAACAUCUUACUGAGCACCCUUGAGAUAAAAAAUGAAAUGGCCACAUCUGAGGCUGUAAUGGGACUUGGAGACCCCAGGAGCACAAUGCUGGCCUACGAUGCCGCUACCAUCCAGUACCGGAAAGCGGGGUUGCCCAGGCAUAGUUUUGGCCGAAACGCCCUGGAACGACAUGUAGCACAAAAGAAAAGCCACCUGCGCAGACGCGCCUCCCAACUGAAAAUCACCAUCCCCGACUUGACCGAUGUGAAUGCCAUUGAUCGGUGGUCUCGCAUAUUCUUCCCAGUGGUUUUUUCCUUCUUCAACAUCGUCUAUUGGCUUUAUUAUAUAAACUAAGAUGUGAUAGCCCAUGGGAAGCAAGGACUAGGUUGCUCUUCAAACUAGUUGUACAGCCUGAUGUAGGACUUGGAGAGCAGAUCAAUCCAGGACAAAAGUGAUGCUAAAAUACCUUAGUUGCUGGCCUAUCCUGUGGUCCAUUUCAUACCAUUUGGGUUGCUUCUGCUAAGUAAUGAAUACACCAAGGUCCUUGUGGUUUUCCAGUUAAAAUGCAAGUGAUUUGUACACAUGUUGGCAAGACGGAUUCCAAGUGUUUCACCUUCUCUGCCUAGUCUUCCACCUACAUAAGAGAGGAACUAUUUAGAAGAUAUUCUUAGAAGGCUCGGUAGCAUUGUCAGUCAUUCCCUGAAAAGUAGUCAUAUCCAGAUACUCCUCAUUUUUAUGCCGAAACAUGAUGUUGUGAUGGCAUUGUGCUUAUGAAACAUUAUCUGCCAUGCCCUGCAAACAUGCUUACUCUAAGAUGGUCUAAGCUUACUUUAUUCAGGUGAUAAUGGUCCUUUGGGAAGAUAGAUCUCACUGGAUUCUGGAAGGCUCUCAUGUAGUGGGGGCAACAUAGGAGAAGUCAAGACAGAGACUCAGGAAACCAAUUUGGCCAGUCUCUUUGUUCACUUCCAUUUUGGCAUUGAGAGAGUGGGAGACUUCUGAACAUCAUCAUGCAUGGUGGCCAAAAUUUUUUUGUAAAAACUUGUUUCCGAGGUGGUUAAAGUUAGAGUUAAUAACCCAGAGCAGAUCAGAAGAUCCAGAAAUGACUUGUAACGAAAUGAAUGCCAGCGCACAAGCAUAGCCCUUAAAAGCCCCACACAGCAUCUGGUAUACCUGUAAGAUGUUUGGCUGCAAAAGGUGGAGCGAGAAGGAUUUAUUUUUUUCAAUCUGACAAGCUUCUGACAGCAUACCUAAGUGGUUUUCGUAGCUUAUCUAAUCAAAGGACAACCAUGAGAGAGAAAAGCUAAGGGAAUUAGAAAUGUCUUAGAUGUUCAGGUUGGAUUGGAAGACAUUCAAAUAUGCUAACAUAGAGCUCAGACAAAGCUAACAAACAGGUUGUUUUUCCCACACAAUGUCAGCUGUCUCUGCAACAGUUCCCUAUGAGUUUAUUUCUGAAUUUAAUAGGGUGUUUUCAAAAGAAGGAUUUGUGGAUUACUUUUAAGGAUUAAUGGUCCUCUCCAGCUUCUGUUCUCAGUAAUAUGAAGAAACCAUGAAAGAGAUUAAAAAUUCAACCUUGGAACAGAUGCCGUAGAAUGAAAACCAUGUAUUGGCUUCCAAUAACCAUGUAGAUAGAAACAACUCACUCAUCCUGCCCAGAGAUAACAGUCGAUGUAGACUUUAUUCUCGAAAUAUAUUUUUUUCUCAUGUUGAAUUGGAACGUAGUUACCACAUCGUGAGGGUGGGCACGCUAGGUUUGGAUAACUCUAUGAAAACCAGUCAGCUUGAUAUCUAGUGGUUAAGUUGAAGGACCACAAAGGUGUGUCUUGGCAAUCCUGGUAUGGUAUUACUAUCAGUUUAUACAUAUAAGUAUAGUUUUUCUUCUGAUUAUAAAACAGCCAGAUAGCCAGCAAUUAAGGUGUUUUUUCAUCUUUGUGAAAUUAAUAGGCAAAUUCUGACUCUAAAAUGCACAGUCUAAAUGAAAUCUUCUAUCUUGAUCUGUAUAUAUAUAUUGUAUAUGACUGCUAAUAGAUAUGAAAUGCAUUUUCUGAAUCGAAAACUCAUGCAACAUACUCAUGUGUUUGCAUAAGGAACGUUAACAAUGCUUCCUACUGCAAUUUAAAAGACUCAAGCAGUGCCAUCUAGACCUUUUCUCCUCAUUUCUUCAAAAGCAGUGCUAAGGGAAUAAAUAUGGUUUAUGAACCAAGAGACUUUACAUUCUAGCAUUAGGAACACAAAAAUCUGUCAGCUUACAAAAGCACAACAGAGAAAGUACAGCAGAAUGCCUAAUGGGGAAAUGAAUCAUGUUUAUUUUAAGCAAGACCUGCAUUAAAUUGGCAUCUAUGACGAUUUCCAUUUUCUAUAGGUAACUGUGUUCCAAUUUCAUGAUUAACUUCACACUCAGCAAUGAAAAAAGUAAAAUAACAUCAACAAAAGCAGGUCUUACAACAUAUCCACAUGUAUAUAUGUGUAUAUAUAGAUCCAUAUAAACAUACAUACAUAUAUAUGCAUUCAUAUGUUGGAAAACAAAAGAAAUAAGCUAAUGUGUUUUGUUUCCUUCAUUAAGCUGGUGUAUGAAUAUUUUUAAUUUGGCAACCACCAAAUCAACAUAUUGCAGCAAGUAAUACAGGGUACUGAGCACUUCUCUAUCAGCAAAUCAAUGCUACCAUUCUUAACGAACCAUUGCACAGUCUGACACUACGAUAGAACCUCAGAACAUCGGGGGUUAACUAGUUCUCACAUUACUUGUCUAACUGCUCUCUUUUUAAAGGAAACAAAUAACAUUGUUCAUUGCUGAUUUGAAAACAAAAGUGUCUUAAGAAAACAGAAAAUUAUUUUAAAAAAAAAUCCUCCUAGGAGGAGGAGAAAAAAAAACCCUUAAACCCCACCAUGUUGGUUAAGGCAAAAUAAACUGUAGCAAUCAUGCCAUUUUGCUAAAUGUACAGAGUACAUGUAAUGUGAGCAACCAUAACUUUCACUGAGUAAAUAGUAAAACAGAUUUCUUAAAUAUGUUUAACUUCUAAUUUGUGUUUUAUGGUAAGACAAAGUGCUAAUUCUGUUUAUGGCUUAAGUUGAUGUGUUACAAUAUUAUGUAAAUCAUUAAACAUGCUGUAAAUGAAGUCAAUAAUAGAUACAAAUAAUUGUUUAGGUUUUUUCCUUAAAUUUUCCUUAUUUUUUACUAAGUACAGUAUUGCAGUGCCCGAGCAGAGUAAUUUAAACACCCUUUUGCAUAGUUUGGGAUCCCAGACAAAAGAGUUUCAAUUUGCUAUCACACACACACACAGAGACUCUUUCUUUUUCUCACCUGUUCACUCCCACCCCUCACGCUGCCCUAUGGGAAAUGCUGUAGUGUGUAUGUAGUCAAUGUAACAACCAAGAGAUAACUGUAGCUAGAAAUGGCAAUUGGGAGAAGCAGAAAUGAUCAUUAAUAACUUAAUAGUUUUUUAUACGUCAGAGUUCAAGAAACCAAAGGUUAUAGCUUAAAUCUCAAUUUUCAAAGAGUACGAUUUUAUAUUGAUGACACUACAGGAAAUAAAAAUUCUUAUUCAUACCUGUUUCAGAAAUUUGUCACACACAAUACAUACCAAUAGAAUUUUUUUAAUAGUAUUUUGUCUUUAGAUAGUAUUGUUCCCUUAAACCAAAGACUCCUGUAUUACUGAAAAAAAAAAAAAAGGAAAGGGAGGAAAAUUAAAAAAAAGACUGCUUCACACCAAAGUUUAAAAAAAAAAAAAAACGCUUUCCAAAUGCACUAGAAAAUUGUAAAAAAUGGUAAGGCGCCAACAGAACACUAAUGAACAUACUGCCCUAUUAAAAUCAUUCAAAGAAAAAAUGUAGCACUCUAAAAUAUCUAUUAGUUAUUUGGAAAUUAAAGUAGAACGCUUCUGUAGAUAUAUACAAAAUUCUGGCAUCAGAUUUUAAUUUGCUUUGAGAAAUGCUUUUGUUAUAAAGACAAAUAUGAUUCCAAAUGAUGGGAAAAAAAAUUUGUGUCCUUUGAUUUCCAAAAUCAAACCCACUCUCCUGCCACGUGUCCUCUAAUCUGAUGCCCAAGUCCUCAUCCUUGCACCAUUUGAAGCAAGUUGACAGUUCCAUUACCUUGUGUCUUUACCUUUUCCAUUCAAUUGGAGUUACACCAUAGCCAUUUUACAAAUAAUUCAAAACAAGGUUGCAUAUAGUUCAAAAUCCAUAACAUUUUUUUUUCCUUUGCAUGGGUGUUUAAAUAGUUCUGUUAUGAAUAUUGUCCCUUGCGCAGUUCUGAAUUGUCCUUUUAUAAAAAGUGAUAUUCUAGUUUCUUCACAAUGUAGUGAUUAUCAGCCUUACUAAUUACCUUGUAGCCUUUCUUAAUAUGCGCAUAAUGCACAUUUUCCAAUGGCUAGAAAUGCAAAACACAAGUGGAUAUCAUUGCAUCUAUUUUCAUGUCUUUCUAAAAACAGGCCUACUAAAAUCUCUGGUAUACAUGAAAUAGUAAAAAAUGAGGAUUAUAAAUGAGUAACACAUAAGAAAUAUUUUCUUGAAUUUAAACUUAUUGCAGCCAGUUUCAGCAUGUAAAUAUAUAAUAAUGUUGGCUAGUGUGUAAUUGUUGAACUAAGAAAUAUAAAUAAAACUUAAAAAUGAUGUGUGUGUGUGUGUGUGGUUUCUUUGGGUUCAGAAUAUUUAUUUUUUGAACUGUCAGUAUGGGUUGGGUUGUAAAAUGGUAGCUUUUGUGAGAAGCAAUAAAAAGCUUGGGAACUUGGAACUUGCUCUCAGGUAGACUCAAAUUAGACUCUAAUUUGCCUCUUAUUUGGUAUAUGACUGUACAGCUACUUAGCUCUUUUAACUCUCAGUUUUCUUGUCUGUAAAACAGACAUAUAAUUAUACCUCCCACAUAGAGUUGUUUUGAGGAUGAAAUCAAGUAGCCCAUAAGAAGUCCUUAGCACAGUACAAGGUACAUAGAAUAGUAGAUAUUAUUGGUGGUGUUAUUAUUAUCACUACUAGAAUAGUCAGCAUGUAUCUCAUGAAAUGUAUUACAUACCUAAAACCCCUACACCCACACCACAACCGGUAGUUGGUGCAAAUUAUUUUUGUUCUACUAACCUAAAGGUUGACAGUUCAAACUUACCCAAUGGCACUGUGGAAGAGA